AUGGGUUACUCACUCAAGAACCGAAACGUGCUUGUCACGGCAGGCUCUCGUGGCCUCGGAGCUGUGAUUGCGGAAAAGUUUGCGGCAGAAGGAGCAAAUGUAGUGAUCAAUUAUGCAUCGAGUGAGGACCGAGCAAAGGAGACAGAGGCGAAAAUUACGUCGCAAUAUGGGGUUAAGACUGCUAUUGUUCAGGGAGAUCUGGGAAUAAAAGAAGACUGUGUUAGGGUUGUCAAAACAGCCAUUGAAGUGUUGGGUGGUCUUGAUAUUGUGAUCUCAAAUGCUGGCUGGACAAAAUUCGCCAACUUCGCAGACCUCCAUGCAUUAGAUGAGAGUGACUGGGACAAGUGCUGGUCAGUCAACGUCAAGGGCCACAUGCACACAUUCCGCGAAGCCCUGCCAACCUUUAACGCCAAUCCUGAUGGCGGUGCAUUCAUCAUCACAGCUUCUAUAGCGGGAUUGAUGCCUGGUGGAAGCAGCUUGCCAUAUUCAGUCACAAAAGCAGCUUUACUGCACCUGACAAAAUGUCUCGCCAAGUCUCAGGGUCCUAAAGUUCGCGUUAAUGCAGUGUGCCCUGGAUUGUUAUUGACCGAAUGGGGAAGCCAAUUCUCGGAAGAGUAUGUGAAGAAUCACAUUAAUCAAACAGCACUGAAACGAGUUGCCGAAUUGGAUGAUACCGCAGACCUAUACGUCUCUCUUGCUAAGAACGCAUCGAUAACCGGCCAGUCAUUGGUUAUUGACGGAGGUUUCGCUAUUCUCUGA